AUGUCCGAAGGGGCCCGCGGGUUCAUCCCCUCCACGCGCAAUGGCACCCCCCUGCCUGUUGCUCGCGCUGCCCCCUUCCCGGAUGCGUCCCUCCUCUCCACCUACCUCUCGGUGCGAGCGAUCUUCUGUGCUGUAGAGUUUGCGAUUGCGUUUGCGUUUAGGCAGUGGGCGCUCGUAGGGCUCGAGUUUGUGGGCAAGAGUCCGGUCUUGGGCAAGCGGAAACACUCGGAGCUGGUGAAGAUGGCUCCUGAGAAGCUGGCCGCGGAGAUCCUUCGUUUGAACGAGCAGCUGAAAAAUCAGACGCGCAAGCUGGAUGAGGUCGCGUCCGCAGUGCCCGGUGCUGAAUUCGCGGUGGUGAUCACGCAGAAUUACGAACAACUCGAGGCCACGGUGGAGAAGGUGCUAACCCACGUGCAGAACACGGACCGGGUGAUACGAAUGGAAGCCAAGCUGGCCGCGAAGGACAGGGCGGAGAAUCGCGACAUGUGGGAGGUGCUGAAACGCGCUGCAGUCCGGUUGGAAGAUAGCGCGGGAAGCAUGAAGGGGGUGGUUGUGGACUCCAUGGAGAACGCCCAAAAGAAGCUCACGGACGAGGUCACACGGAAGAUAGACGGCGCGUCAUCCAACAUCGCGAGUACCGCCGAGAAAGCGAUCACAACUAGUGGCGUCACAAACCCCCUCAACAUCAUCAUCGCGAUGCUUUCCGGGCAUGCAGCACCGCAACAAGUCAUUGAUGGACCGCAUGGGAAGGAGUUCGCGGAGAAGGAGGCAGGUAAGAUGGCCGCGGAGAAGGAGGCCGGGAAGAAGGCCACGAACAAGGAGACAGUGAAGAGGGUCGCGGACAAGGAGACAGGGAAGGGGGUCGCGGACAAGGAGGCAGGUAAGUGUGAGAGCAGCAAGGGUGGGAAGCGGCAGAAAGGGGUCGCGAUCCAUAGCGUCACCGACCUUUUGAAGUCCAAGGGUGGCGCGGUCGUCGAACGUGCUGUGGGGACCAACAGGGGGGCUGCUGCUCCUGCUGGACCACCGCCUGCGACCUCGGGGGUGGAAGCUGGUAAAGGCAAGGCCAAGCGGAACAGCGGCAAGCGCAAGGGCUGUAGUAUCCGCCCUCCGCCCAAGGGUGGGGAGGGGAUGGUGGGCGAACCGUGGUUGGGGGGGAGACGUCGCUGGCUCGGACAUCACUCUCUCCAAGAGGUGCAGUAUCUGACCGCGAUCGCGGUGACGUGUUACGACAAGAAGAUAGACCCUGGGCUCAAGCUGACUGCGCAGCAGAAGAGUGAGUGGGCCGAGGACAUCUCCGCGACCGGGACAUUGUGCACCGGGCUAUUCGCCACCAUGCACCUCCGCAACCUUUGCGGCAUUGUUGACAGGUACCACCACAUGUUCAAGGCCUACCGCGACCUCACCCGCCGCGGGUCCCCGAUCGGCAACGCGAUAGCUUGGGCAGCCGCGGUGGGGAAGGAGGCUGGAGAUGAGGAGCCCGAUGUCACUGGCGCCCAAGCGGGCCUGUUUGCUGGUGCGGUCGCGUGCGCCAUCGCGAUGGUGUGGGAGACCAGCAACGGUCUCGAACUCGAGGCUAUCGCUGAUGCUGGAUACUCCGCGGCGCAGCUUGUUGGCACGCCAGAAGAAACGGCCCGCGGUUACGCCACGAUCGUGACCGCAGUUUUCAAGUGGGCCAGGAAGGAGAAUGCUCGCAAGCAAGCCCCUGAGGUCACACCGAAGCAGAUUGCGGAGAAGAUUGAGACCGCGGUCGUGAACCGUCUUGGUGCACGACUUGGAGACCCCACUUUAGUCGCUAUGGUCACGCACGAGGCAGUAGACGUGCUGAUGACCUGGUGCGAGUGCAAGAUCGCGGCCAAGGCAAUGGAGGCCAACGUGCUCUACCUCUCUUUGCCGGAGAAGCGGCUGUCCGCGAAGAAGAGGGAUUUGCGUAAAUCCACCAUGGGCAUUGACCUAACAUCACCCCUAAAUAGGCACGGCGCUGAUGGGAAGUAUGCACGAGAGUAA